UCGUCAUGACAGUGUGGCGAAAAACAAUGGCGAAGAAACUGUGAAACUAUAAAACUCUUGUUGUUGACAUCUGGUCGAUUUUGUAAAAAUUGUGCGUUUGCAGUUUACUAUUUAUUUUGUUGUGAUUGGUAAUUAAAAAUCAAAUAGACGUUUUAGGGAAAUUAAAGUGUUUCGGACCACAAACAAGAAUACAUUUUGGAAAUCCGCUACAGUGGGAAAACUGUGGCCACAACUAUUGGAUUCGCAAGCGGAAUCGGAAUCGCAGCGUUAAGCUGAGCUGAGCUGACCAGACCAGACCAGAGCAGGCGAACUCGAUAGAUAGGCAAAAAGUGAUAUUGGAUAUUUGUUUACACCAAGUGAUAGCCAUUUGUGGAACGGAGUAAAAAGUGAUCAAAAAUGGAUAUUAUUACGAUUGGACAGAACGUUAAAAUCAAACGCACUGACGGACGCGUUCAUACGGCCAUCGUAGCCAUGAUCAAUGCGUCCGGUAAGUGCAUAACAGUCGAGUGGUUCGAGCGUGGAGAAACCAAAGGCAAGGAGGUGGAACUAGAGGCCAUACUCACACUGAAUCCCGAACUGACGCAGGAGGCUGUGGAGCAGCAUGCGGCCCCAGAGCCAAAGAAGCAGGCCACUGCCCCGGUGAAUCUGGCCCGCAAUCCCACACAAUCGAAUAUCUCUGGUAACCUCACCAGUCGCUUGACCAUGGCCGGCAAUCAACUGAACAAGAUACGCGAGACUCAUCCGACCAUCAGCACGGGUAAUGCAAACUCGAAUGCUACUACGGGUGGUACCACCCCUGCAGUGUCGACCAAUUCCGGGCUGCAGCGGCCACGGUUCUCACAGGCCACGACUAGACAGCAGCAUACGCGCAGUGCCACGGCGCCCAUCACAGCUAAUCCAGUGGUCAACAAUAGCACACAGAGCAGCAUUGGUGUCGGUGGUGGUGGUGGUGGAGGUGUCGCAGGAGGAGCGCGUCGUUCGCAUGCCCUCAAGGAGGUGGAGCGUCUAAAGGAGAAUCGCGAGAAGCGUCGGGCACGCCAGGCUGAACUUAAGGAGGAGCAAAAAGCACUGCAGAAUCAGGACCCCGGUAACCCCAACUGGGAGCUAGCGAAUAUGAUACGGGAAUAUCAGAAUACGCUGGACUUUAUACCGCUGCUCGAUGGUCAGGCGGUGGACGAUCACCAGAUCACGGUCUGUGUGCGCAAGCGUCCACCAAGCCGAAAGGAGACCAAUCGCAGGGAGGUCGAUGUCAUAUCGGUGCCCCGCAAGGACAUGAUGAUUGUCCAUGAGCCGCGUACCAAGGUCGAUCUCACCAAAUUCCUUGAACAUCACAAAUUUCGUUUCGACUAUGCUUUCAACGAAUCGUGUGACAAUGCCAUGGUGUACAAAUACACAGCCAAGCCGCUGGUGAAGACUAUUUUCGAGGGCGGAAUGGCGACAUGCUUUGCCUAUGGCCAGACUGGAUCCGGCAAGACCCAUACCAUGGGCGGGGAGUUUACGGGCAAAAUACAGGACUGCAAGAACGGCAUCUAUGCCAUGGCCGCCAAGGAUGUGUUCGCGACACUCAAUACACCGCGCUAUCGCUCCAUGAAUCUAGUCGUUUCGGCCUCGUUCUUUGAGAUUUACAGUGGCAAGGUCUUCGAUCUGCUGGCUGAUAAGCAGAAGCUGCGCGUGCUGGAGGACGGCAACCAGCAGGUCCAGGUGGUCGGCCUUACCGAAAAGGUGGUGGACAGCGUCGAGGAGGUGCUAAAGAUCAUCCAGCUGGGUAAUUUGGCGCGCACCUCGGGCCAGACAUCGGCCAAUGCGAACUCAUCGCGAUCGCACGCCGUCUUCCAGAUUGUCUUGCGGCCGAUGGGCACGACAAAGAUCCACGGCAAAUUCUCGUUCAUUGAUUUGGCGGGCAAUGAGCGGGGUGUGGACACCUCAUCGGCUGAUCGCCAGACACGCAUGGAAGGGGCUGAGAUCAAUAAGUCGCUGCUGGCACUCAAGGAGUGCAUUCGGGCACUGGGUAAACAGUCGGCCCACUUGCCGUUCCGUGUCUCGAAGCUCACGCAGGUACUGCGCGACUCGUUCAUUGGAGAGAAGAGCAAGACUUGCAUGAUAGCCAUGAUCUCGCCGUGCAUCAAUUCCUGUGAGCAUACUCUCAACACGCUGCGCUAUGCGGAUCGUGUCAAGGAGCUGGUGGCCCCCAACGUCCAGGAGAUGGGACCCUGUGGCGAUGGCAAUGAUCCCAUGGAUGAUAAUGAUAUUGAAAUCAUGGACGAUGACGAUGAGGAGGAGCAGGAAAACAAUCCGGUGCGUAAGCCAGAUAUUCGUUCACACAAUCAGCGGAAUGUUCCAAUAUCUGCGGGCAUUCACAAUAACAAUAAUAACAACAACAAGAAUGGGAAUGCCGGCAACACGGAUCUGGCACUUUUAAGUUCGCUGAGCGAACACGAAAUGUCACAGGAGCUGAUCACACAGCAUGAGGCCAUUGAAGAUUUACAGCAAACUGAAGAAAUGGUUGUGGAAUUCCAUCGAUCGGUGAAUACCACACUGGAGACCUUCCUGGGUGAAUCAAAGACACUAUACACUCAAACAAAUUAUGUGAACUAUGAUCAGGAGGACUAUUGUAAGCGCGGUGAAUUGAUGUUUGCCCAACUGAUGGACAUUGCCACACAGUGCCGUGACAUGAUGGCUGAAUAUCGCAUUAAGUUGGCCAAAGAAGAGAUGCUUUCUUGUAAAUAUAGUCCAAACAGCCAGCGCUAGAACCUACCUACUAGCAAUACACAUCCCCCCACGAUCAACAUUUACCCCCACCCCCUCACCACUACUAACUAUCAUCCACAAAAUUUUUAAAUUUUUUUCAUCACACAAAUGUGACCCCGAAUUUUUGUCAAGAAUCACACAAUGAAAUUAACCCCACCCAGCUCUAUCCUUUAUCCCUCACUGCUGCCCGUAAUUGAAAAUGUGAUCCGAAAAGGCAAAGACUUUAUAUCUAUGGUCGAAUUCCAAAAGAAAACGUUGCAAAACAGAAAAGAACUGAAGGCUGCUGCAGAUGAGGUUAAGUGUUCACCCACGCAAGGGAAAGGGCGAACACACACACAACACAGAUAUGCACACCCUCGCAGAAUCAAUUGUUGG